ACGGGGAACGAGGCCGAAACGGCCGCACCGCACAACCCCCACGUGUCUUCUGGGUCCUCCAGCGUUCGCGUCGGGCCCUGCGGAGGAGAAAGCAGCGGUGCCGGUGAGCUGAGCGGCCAGGCCCCACCGCAGCUCCCGGCGGAAGGAAGCGGCGUGUCCCGGCGUGUGAGGGUAGGACCGGCGGAGGAGGCCGCCGGCACCGAAGACUUCGCGCCGGUCGCUUCUCUGCCUCCGUAACAUCACAGGCCCCGGCACGGGGCCGCCGAGGCCCGCCAAGAACGGGAGGUGAACCCAAAGCCCCCCAGACCCUCCCCACCUCCGCUCACCUCAGCGCGAAAUGGCGGCUGCCGCACCUCGCACCGCCUUUUAUACGCACUGCAGAGGGCGGGACUUCAAGGGAGCGCCACCAAUCAGAGCGAAACCCGCGAAGAGAAGAGCCAAUGGGAGGGAGAGGUGGGGAGGAGAGUUACCGGAAGUGGGGUCAAGCCGGAACCGGGUCCCAGCGCACGCGAUGGGGAUAGGGGGGAAGAUCAACCGGCCGCGGACGGAGCUCAAGAAGAAGCUGUUCAAGCGGCGCCGGGUGCUGGCGCGGGGGGCGCGGCAGCAGAAGCGGCGGUUGCUCCCAAGAGGCAGCGACCCCGCGCAGCUCUGGGGGAAGCGGCGGCGGAAGGUGCUGAAGCGGCUGCGGGCGGCGGCCCGAGGGGUGCCCGUGUCCCCCCCACCCGCAGCCCCGGAGCAGGAGGGAGCCUGCGGGAAGCGGCCGGAGCCUGGGAGCGCCUCGGACGUGGAGAUGGUGGAAGCGGCGGCGGUGGUGGUGGAGGGGGGUGACCCCCCCCAGCAAUAAAGAUGGCGGAGGCUCCGUCUGCCUGU